AUGCCAAAGAAAGAGGCGGAAGACGAAAUCGCAGCUCAAGGGAACUCGGAUAUACAUUGGACAACUUCGGUAUGGAGUGCGUCCGACAAGUCCAAGGGGAAGAAAUCGUCCUGGAUUCAGGGUCCUCGAUAUCAAGGUCAUGUCUCGGAGAGCCGAGUCCUGCUCACAAAUGAGGACAGCCGUAGGAUAUGCCGCAGAAUCGACAAGAGGAUCCUUGUUAUCCUGGUCCUGGACAAAAUGGUCGUGGGCCAUGGUGCGAUUCUUGGGCUCCAGGCAGACCUGGCUCUAAUGGGCAACCGCUUCUACUGGGUGGUCACUAUCGCCCUCAUCGCACAGUUGACUGCAUCGUUCCUCGCACAAGACGAACAAUUCAUGGCGAUCGAACGGCUGCGAGCCAACCAAGCAGCCUCCGACGCACGAGAGGUGCGAUGGGGCCAGGUCAAAGAGGCAGUCAAAGACGUCAAGACUUGUCUCUUUUUCAUCAUGUCACUCGGAAAUAGCCUCGGUUCCCAGGUCCCUCGUACAUUCGGCCCGUUGAUCCUCAAACGUCUUGGUUACGACAACUAUACCACACUACUUCUGAACAUGCCAUUCGGUGCGCUACAGUACAUUGUUAUUCUCGGAGUCUCCUGGUUGGCCGUGAAAUUCCGAUGGAAGUCCCUGACGCUGGGCAGCUCCUUGGUACCGGUCAUCAUAGGGCUCGUCAUUCUGUUUGUUCUCCCGCAAGGGAGUACGAAUACCGCAGUGCUUCUGAUCGGCUACCACCUUUUCGCAUUCAUAUUCGGAUGCAACAGUCUAAUACUGUCCUGGAUAAUGGCAAAUACAGCGGGCCAGACCAAGAAGUCAAUCACCCUGUCCCUCUACAGCGCUGCUUCGUCGACCGGCAUCGCUCUUGGGCCUUUACUAUUCAAGUCCAGCGAUGCGCCACGAUAUGAUACUGCGCUCAAGAUUACGCUCGGCGUGUACAUUGGAAUUUCCUGGGCGGUAAUUGUGCAGGUGGUCAAUCUCGUACUCCUGAACGGGGCGCAGGAGAAACGGAGGCUCGCACACGAGAAGCCAGCGACACUCCACGAUCACUCGAUGAGAGAGAAAUAUGUGGAUAUUACGGUGGAUAAUGAGCACCAUGUAGGGAAUUUCGCGUUUGCGGAUCUGACCGACAAGCAGAAUGAUGAGUUCGUGUACAUUUGUUGA